GGGGACACACACACACACACACACACAGAGGGAGAGAGAGUAGAAACUGUUAAAACGUGUGAUCGCCCUUGCUAGUCUCAGCAUCGCUCAGUUUCUGAAGGAGGCUGCAGCUCAGGAUCUCCACUGGCAGCGAUCACCAGAUAUGAUCACUUCCCAGUCAACACAUCUCACUCUCAUGCUGGGAUCUUUUAAUCUGUCUGCAUGGAUGAUAACAGCGCAACGCAUAUUCAUGGAUUUCUCAUACCACAACUAAUCUGACUCAAACCCGGGAUUGGCUGGGAAAAAAGACAAGAGAAAAGGGGGGACUCCAAGUGGUUUCCAGCGGGUUUUGGUUUUUUGUGAAGGUCUGUGGAAGCUGCAGUUCAGCUGCCUUGGACAUGGGACCUUGCGUCAGCCGGGAGGGAUCCGGUGCCGGAGGAAGAGCAGCUUCCUGAAGGAGGAAAAGCCCGAGUGCUGGAGUUUUUUUAUUUUUGUUUUUUGCUACCGGGGAGGGGGAGCUGUGGCUUUUACGCGCCGGAAUGAUGCGUCCCAACCGCGGCUUCAUCCUGCUCCUCCUCAACGGAACCGCAUGUUUGGUGGCCCUGGGUCAAGAAGACGAUUCCUCCGCCCCCAAGAGCUCUUCAGACGACUCUUCCAAGACGGUGGGGCUCCUGAGCGGGCAGCCUCCGCUCUCGCCUCUGAGCCGCUGGAUGCUUCACAGUAAGAGCCGGGCAGCUAAUGCCACCUCUCUGGAGCUGCCCUACCGCUCCCCAGUCCCUUUCUCCAAGCAGGAGUUUUCUAAACAGGAGUUCUGGGAGAUGUUGGGUAGUGACCAGCUCAAACCCGACGCCUCCAGCUCCAGGGUCAAACGACGGCCCAUCGUUAAGACCGGCAAGUUCAAGAAGAUGUUUGGCUGGGGAGAUUUCUAUUCCAACAUCAAGACGGUCAGGCUUAACCUGCUGAUCACUGGCAAGAUUGUGGACCACGGUAACGGUACGUUCAGCGUCUACUUUCGCCACAACUCCACAGGUCAGGGCAACAUCUCAGUGAGCCUGGUGCCACCCGUGAAGGCGGUGGAGUUUGAUCUGGAGCGCCAGAGCGUGGUCUACCCCAAGGACUCAAAGAUCUUCAACUGCCGCGUAGACUAUGAGAAGGUGGAUCGCAGCAAGCGCACCUCACUGUGCAACUAUGACCCGUCCAAGACCUGCUUCCAGGAGCAGAUUCAGAGCCACGUGUCCUGGAUUUGCUCCAAGCCUUUCAAGGUCAUCUGUAUCUACAUUUCUUUCUACAGUACGGACUACCGCCUGGUCCAGAAGGUGUGCCCGGACUACAACUACCAUAACGAGAUGCCCUACCUGCCCUCGGGCUAG